AAUCACAAUAUUUUGAUGUUAUUAAAAUUCGCAAAAACAAUUUCGUUGUGUCGUGUUUUUUGUUAAAAACGUAUUUUAUAGAAAAUAUUAUUUACUUAGUGCCAAAUAACAAUUAAAUUAAAACUCUAAAUAAAAUAAACGAAUUAAAAAUGGCUACAAGUUGCUCGCAUUUGCGUCAACGUCAAUUUCUACGUUUUGGCGGCAGCUUGCAAGAACUACGUGAGCAGUUGCACCAAGAAAUUGAAAACAAAGCCAAAUCUUGCUCAAAUCCAACCUAUGAAUGUUCGCUACCCCGUGCCGAUGGCAGUGAAUAUUGUAUACAACACAUAUUACGCGAUCCCCGUGGAAACUAUCGCCAAUGCACUUUUAUAUAUUCCAAUGGGCGCAAGUGUCAAAAUGCAGUGCAGAAGCAUGAUAUUAAAAAGGAUCCUGAAAUGACAACACUUUGUUUUGAACAUAAUCGUCAGGCACAGCUACGCAAAACUCAUACCACUGUGGGCAAAUUAAAACGCACCGAUACCAAUGAGGCAUUAUUACAUAGCUUGAGUAAUCACAUCAAUUUGGAUGAUAAGCAAUCUGAACGCAGUAAUAGUGAGCAGGAUGAGGAAAUUGAUGUCGUUACACCACAUGUCACGCCAUUUGUUGCACAUGAUCAAAUAAACAACCUAGGCACUGUACUGUCGAAAUUGCAAAAGAGGCGACGCAUUUUAGAGUAUGCAUCAGAUAGUUCAAGUGACUACGAUGAGCCGCCCAACAUCAAGAACUCAGCACGCAAUUUCGAAGUGAAUGAAUCAGACGACGAUAGUGAUAAUUCGCUCGCGGAAGAUUUACUGAAACAUGCUGGUAUUUAUACACGUGAAGAGGCCGUACGCAUAUCAGAAGCUAAACUGACAAAAUUACAGGGUCUAUACAUUGACCAAAUCAAUCAUCUACAUCAUGUACUUAAAGAACGUCGCCGUCACUAUUUAACCGCUUUACGCAAAGAACGUGAAAUGCUUUGUAGUAUUCACGAUCAGCUAAAGGAGUCGCCAAAGGAACGUGUACUUUAUAAACAACUUAAAGCUUUAAGUUCAUAUCAUCGCCGAAACGGUGUCGAGGCUGUGCUAUAUAAGAAGUUCAAAGAAAAGCGCGCCAAGGCGACGGACGCACCGGCUGGACACAAAGGUCCCAAUUUUAAUAAAUGUGUUUUUGCCGAAGGUGGUGUAAAAUGUGGCGAACGUGCAAUGCCUUGUUGUAAAUAUUGUCGUAAACAUAUUUUGGAAGAUAAAAGACAGAUACUAUUCCGUGCGUGUGAGGUGGAGCGUAGUGGUGUGGUAUGCCAGGAAACAAUACCAUGUAUUUUUGACAAUGCAUCGACGUGUGUCUUGCAUCUAACACUUCCGACACGUCGUCAAUAUGUGCAAAAGAAAUACGAAUCAGAAACAGAGGAGGAUGCUGAAGAUAAGCCAGAAAAUUUAAAAGAUAAAACGCUAUCUGUAGACGUUGCAAAAUCAAACACAUUUGCGGGCUUGCAGUCAGAAAAUUCUGCUGCCACUUCCCCGGGAAGAAAUAUUACAAUCUCACAUGACAUAAACGUCACAGCUUCAACAUCAGAGGGGAUUAAAUAAAAAUAAAGUGGCAUAUGUCAACAUGGAAUAUAUUUCGGUUUUAAAAAAGAUUUUAAGAACUUGUCAUGAAUUUUAUUUUUAUAUUGACUUUCUAUGUAGCACAUUAAAGAUUUUUGUGUUUUUAAUAAGAAUAUUAAAUAUUCAACUAUUGAAAAA